GAUGUGAAUGCCGUCCCGGCUUUGCUGACGCAAGAUGAGCGCGAUCACAUCUUGGGCCUCCAGGGCCGUUUCGCCGACUCACAAAUCCACGAGUGGAUCCGGAAGAACAUGGACCGGUCUGCCCGGGCGCCCAAGGAGGAUGGGACCGACCUGGAGAAGAAUGUGAUGGAGGAUGACAUCGAGAGCCUCAAGGAGCAUGUGGAGGAGGUGCGCCAAGAGUUGGGCGAGAUCGAAGCCACGAAGGAGCAGCUCAAGGGCUUCGGCCAGGUGCUCAAGUCCACCAGUGACGAGGAGCUGCUGUCGAUCUUCGACGCCUUGGCAGAUGAGGAAGGCGUGGUGGAAAUACCUUCCUUGGAGAAGAAGAUUCAAGAGUACCUGGGGGGAAAGCUGCCAGACGUCUCCGCUUUGCACAUCUCUCUGGAAAGCUUCUACAGUGAGGACUCGGCUCACAUGAGCCGCGCGGACUUUGCAGCUGCGCUCUCUCGGUGUCGGCAAGACUGCUAA